CUUCAUCGACGAAAUUGAUGUAAAGCUAUAAACAGUACUCCAACAUCUUCUAUUCUUUGACUUGGCAAUUUCCACCUUCAAAAGGCGGGCGGCCAAAUAAUCCCACGCUACUCACGGGUAGCUUGGUAAAUUAAAUCCUAAAAAAAAAAAAAAAAAAAAAAAAUUUUAGGAAUGUCGGAUCAUCAAAGCAGAGGUCAGGACUUCAGCCUGGAGGCAGACUCCGAGCUGCGUUUUGAAAUAGAGCAGAAGGACGCCAAAGUUUUGGUUACACUAGUCAAUGGAUUUGCGGAGCUCUUUGGCACCGAGUUGGUUAAGAAAAAGAAAUAUGAGUUUGGGAUGGGGGCCAAGGUUGCGAUCUUCACAUACCAAGGAUGCGUUCUUCAUGUCACUGGCAAAAUGGACGUUUGCUACAUAUCCAAGGAGACUCCGAUGGUUCAGUACGUCAAUUGUCACGCGGCACUUGAACAGUUUCGCACGGAGGCCGAGGAGAAGGAUAGACGUGGUCCGGUGGCCAUGGUGGUGGGACCCACGGACGUCGGCAAGAGCACGCUCUGCCGGAUUCUCCUGAACUAUGCAGUCAGGGUCGGGCGCCGGCCUCUCUACGCGGACCUCGAUGAGGGCCAGGGAGCAAUCGCCAUAUCCGGCAAUGUGGCCACCAUACUCAUCGAAAGGCCAGCCAGUGUUGCUCUAGCUCUUAUAGUCUUUGAGCACUAGGCGCUGAAGGGGACGGACAGACGGACAGAC